AUGCUGCCGCUCAGGUUGCUCCUAAUCUCUGUACUAACAAGAACAGGAAGGACUGGAUGUCGACUGCUAGGAGGAACACAACAGCCUGAAUUAGCACAGGAUGGGGAUCUCAUCAUUGGAGGCAUUUUUUCAUUUCGCACAGGCCAGAAUUAUUUUACCGACACUUUUCAGUCAAUUCCAGGCCUCCGAAAAUGCAACGAUUUCAACUUCAGAGAAUUCAAAUUUGCCCAAACAAUGAUCUUUGCUAUAAAUGAGAUCAACAAAAACCCUGAAAUGCUUUCCGGUGUGAGGCUCGGCUACAAGAUCUAUGACAACUGUGGGACGAUGGACAUACUGAGGGCUGCGUUGGCGCUGGUGAGUGGGCUCCAAGAGGACGUCGGUGAUGUCGGCUGCUCGGACACGGAGGCGGUGCGGGCUAUCCUAGGUCAUUCAGGAUCAAGUCCAACCAUUGCUUUUUCACAGAUUGUAGGAAGAUUUCAGAUACCUGUGAUCAGCCAUUUUGCAACUUGUGCCUGCCUGAGCAAUAGGAGAGAACAUCCAACUUUUUUCAGAACGAUUCCCAGCGACUACUACCAAAGCAAAGCUCUGGCAAAGCUGGUCAGGCAUUUUGGGUGGACGUGGGUUGGGACAAUAGCUGCGGAUAAUGAAUAUGGCUUGGAGGGAAUUGCGGCAUUCAUCCAAGCUGCAGAAGAGUAUGGGAUCUGUGUAGAGUACUCUGAAGCGUUUUCAUCUUCUGACCCACCCCACAUCGUGCAGAGAAUAACAGAAACCAUUAAGCAGUCCACUUCAAAGGUCAUCAUGGCUUUUAUGUCUCAUAGGGAAAUUAAAAUACUUGCUUCCGAGUUGCACAAGCAGAACAUCACAGGACUGCAGUGGAUUGGCAGUGAUGCGUGGAUCACAGAUUCGUCCCUCGCAGAUGGCGAAGGACACACCGUCCUGCUGGGGUCACUUGGCUUCACUGUGCCCAAAGCUAAAAUCCCUGGUCUGGAAGAGCACUUGAAGCAGCUCCACCCUUCACAGUUCCCCAACAGCCAGUUUGUCAAAGAUUUCUGGGAAGAAGUGUUUGAUUGUUCUCUAAGUGAUACCGUGAACUCAGGAAGACGGCCCUGUAGUGGCACCGAGAGCUUGCAGACUGUUGAAUCCCACUUCACCGAUGUGUCUGAGCUCAGAUUUACCAAUAAUGUCUACAAGUCCGUUUUUGCAGUAGCUCAUGCACUUGACCUCAUAAUUAAAUGUGACGGUAACGGAGCCCCCUCGUCCAGUAGGAGCUGUUUUGACUCCAAACACAUGCAGCCGUGGCAGAUUUUGCAAAGCCUCCAAAGAGUAAAUUUCACCACUGUGAAUGGGCAAAGAGUUUAUUUCGACAGAAAUGGAGACUCACCAGCAAGAUAUGAACUUGUAAAUUUACAAAUUACAACAAGAGGGAUCAUGGAAGGAGAAACUGUUGGCAUUUAUGAUGCUUCUUUCCCAGAUGACCAACAGUUCAUCAUGAACAACAUCUCUGUGGUCUGGGCACAUGGCUUGUUAGAGGCGCCUGUGUCAGAGUGCAGUAAGAAAUGUCUCCCUGGAACUUAUAAGGUCCUCCAGAAAGGGAAACCAAUCUGCUGCCACGGCUGCAUACCUUGUCCAGCAGGCGAAAUUACAAAUUUAACCGAAUCAUUUCAGUGUUUUAAAUGCCCUCCGGAGUACUGGUCCAAUAACCAAAGAGAUUCCUGCGUCCCAAAACCAGUUGAGUUUCUGUCGUACAAUGAAAUCCUGGGGAUGGUGUUGGCGAUGUGUUCGCUCCUUGGAAUCUUCUUGACUGCGAUCGCUACGCUGAUCUUCUUCACCCACAAAGAGACUCCAAUAGUACGAGCCAACAACUCAGAGCUGAGCUUCCUGCUGCUCGUCUCCUUGACUCUCUGCUUCCUGUGCUCUCUCACCUUCAUCGGCCGCCCCACCGAGUGGUCCUGCAUGCUGCGGCACACGGCAUUCGGCAUGACCUUUGUCCUCUGCAUUUCCUGUGUUCUCGGGAAAACCAUGGUGGUUUUAAUCGCCUUCAGGGCUACUCGUCCAGGCAGCAACAUAAUGAAAUGGUUUGGACCAGCGCAGCAGAGACUCAGUGUGUUAGCCUUCACUCUCAUACAAGUUUUGAUAUGCCUACUUUGGUUAACUACAAGUCCUCCGUUCCCCUUCAUGAAUUUUGUGCUGUUUGAGGAGAGAAUCGUUCUACAGUGCGAUCUCGGUUCAGCCAUCGGGUUCUAUGCUGUUUUAGGGUACAUAGGGUUUUUGGCCGGUUUAUGUUUUGUGCUUGCGUUUUUGGCUCGAAAGCUGCCUGAUAACUUUAAUGAGGCUAAGUUUAUUACCUUUAGCAUGUUGAUCUUCACCUCAGUCUGGAUCACAUUUAUCCCAGCAUACGUCAGCUCUCCUGGUAAGCUAAGCGACGCUGUGGAAAUAUUUGCUAUUCUUGCCUCUGCUUAUGGAGUCCUGUUUUGCAUUUUUCUGCCAAAAUGCUGGAUAAUAUUGUUCAGACCCGAACAGAAUACCAAGAAACAUAUUAUGGGAAAGACUGUCAAAACGGAUAUCCAAUAUUAA